AUGUCAUUAUCUGGAGAUGCCACAGAGGUUCAAGAUGAGAACUUGCUCGCGGCUGCGGUGAUACUGCGAUUUUACGAGGAAUUAGAUGCUACCCUCGUGGGCAUUGAUGACGAGACAUAUCUGCGUGGCACGCAAGUCUUUCUAGAAGCCCAAGCUAGCAUGGCCGUAAAUGGGCAAGGAUUACAAAAUGCAGCAUUCUGGGUCGGAUUCCGCCAGGAGUUUCACAGGGCCUUUAUCAAGCAACGGCCAUUUAGGUUUGACCUAAGUUGUUGCCGAGACUCGAAAUACAAAACGCUUGAAAAUGCCGAUGACUUCACUUGGCCAAUCGAGUCAUGCUUCAUUGUGCUGAGACUUUGGCUUUUUGCUAUGGUACAGACGGUCAUGAGCCCCAGGUCUACAAUAAGCUAUGUGAGUAUAAUAACCGGUGGAACGAUUGUAAGCCAUCAAGCUUCAACCCGAUAUACUUCAAACCCCCCGAUCGAUCAAAAGACGAGGUUUUCCCUCAGAUCUGGUAUAUUGGGGAUUGCCAAGGUAAGAAAUCUACUUUGGCUAUUAUCGAUUGUUCAGGGGGAUAUCUCUAACUUCAAUCCAGUGACCGCUAUCCAGCAUUGGCACAUAGCCAGAAUCUUACUUUCUGCUUUUGAUCCCACCACGCCCCGUAUGGGGCCGAAGCAAAAGCGAGCUACGACGUAUCACCCAAGACAAGUUGGCAGUGCUAAGAUGAAUUCCAGGCUGAAAUCAAGACGAAUGUGUUUCGCCUUUGCGGAAUCGCUUGCUCCAACAAAGCAGCACCCGGACUCAUUACUGCGUGUAUGGGGGUAUCCUUGUGCGGAGAUCGAGUCACGGACAAAGUGGAACAAGAAGCGCUGCUUCAAAUACUCAUUAAAACGGAGGAAAUCCAUGCAUUAUCCACCAGGACCACCCCAGGGGAGCUAA